AUGGUUUUCCUUCAUAUUCCUCAGAUCUUCUCUUCUGUGUUAGUGGGAUGUUUUAGUAUUGGACACACAUCUCCAAGCAUUGAAGCGUUUGCAAACGCAAGAGGAGCAGCGUAUGAAAUCUUCAAGAUAAUUGAUAACAAGCCUAGCAUUGACAGCUAUUCUAAGAAUGGAGACAAACCAGAUAAUAUUAAGGGAAAUUUGGAGUUCAGAAAUGUUCACUUCAGUUACCCAUCUCGAAAAGAAGUUCAGAUCUUGAAAGGCCUCAACCUGAAGGUUCAGAGUGGGCAGACGGUGGCCCUGGUUGGGAGCAGCGGCUGCGGGAAAAGCACGACAGUCCAGCUGAUGCAGAGGCUCUAUGACCCCACGGAGGGCGUGGUCAGCAUUGAUGGACAGGACAUUAAGACCAUAAACGUAAGGUAUCUUCGGGAAAUUACUGGUGUGGUGAGUCAGGAACCUGUGUUGUUUGCCACCACAAUAGCUGAAAACAUUCGCUAUGGCCGUGAAAAUGUCACCGUGGAGGAGAUCGAGAAAGCUGUCAAGGAAGCUAAUGCCUAUGACUUCAUCAUGAAACUGCCUAAUAAAUUUGACACCCUGGUUGGAGAGAGAGGGGCCCAGCUGAGUGGUGGACAGAAGCAGAGAAUCGCCAUUGCACGAGCCCUGGUUCGUAACCCCAAGAUCCUCCUGCUGGACGAGGCCACAUCAGCCUUGGACACUGAGAGUGAAGCAGUGGUUCAGGCGGCCCUGGACAAGGCCAGAAAAGGCCGGACCACCAUUGUGAUAGCUCAUCGCUUGUCUACAGUUCGUAAUGCUGAUGUCAUUGCUGGUUUGGAUAAUGGAGUCAUUGUGGAGGAAGGCAGUCAUGAUGAACUCAUGAAAGAGAAAGGCAUUUACUUCAAACUUGUGACAAUGCAGACAAGAGGAAAUGAAAUUGAAUUAGAAAAUGCAAUUGGUGAAUCCAAGAGUGAAACUGAAAUGUCUCCAAAAGAUUCAGGAUCGAGUCUAAGAAGAAGAAGAUCAACUCGCAAGAAUAUCCAUGCACAACAAGGCCCAGAGACACAGCUUGGUACAACAGAGUCCCAGGAUGAAAAUGUACCUCCAAUUUCCUUUUGGAGGAUUCUGCAGCUGAAUAUAACCGAAUGGCCUUAUUUUGUAGUUGGCAUAUUUUGUGCCAUUAUAAGUGGAGGACUGCAACCAGCAUUUGCAGUAAUAUUUUCAAGGAUUGUAGGGGUGUUUACCAGAGAUGAGGAUCCUGAAACAAAACGACAGAAUAGUAACAUGUUUUCACUAUUGUUUCUCGUCCUUGGAAUUAUUUCUUUUAUUACAUUUUUCCUACAGGGCUACAUGUUUGCCAAAGCUGGAGAGAUCCUCACUAGGCGGCUCCGAUACCUGGUUUUCCGAUCGAUGCUGAGACAGGAUGUGAGCUGGUUCGAUAACCCUAAAAACACCACUGGAGCAUUGACUACCAGGCUUGCCAAUGACGCUGGUCAAGUUAAAGGGCUGAUUGAUGGCAAAGAAAUAAAGCACCUGAAUGUCCAGUGGCUGCGAGCACACCUGGGCAUCGUGUCCCAGGAGCCCAUCCUGUUUGACUGCAGCAUUGGUGAGAACAUCGCCUACGGAGACAACAGCCGGGUCGUGUCACAGGAAGAGAUUGUGCAGGCAGCUAAGGAGGCCAACAUACACCGUUUCAUUGAGACACUGCCUGAUAAAUAUGACACCAGAGUAGGAGACAAAGGGACUCAGCUCUCUGGCGGCCAGAAACAGCGCAUUGCCAUAGCUCGUGCCCUUGUGAGACAGCCUCAGAUUUUGCUUUUGGAUGAAGCUACAUCAGCUCUGGAUACAGAAAGUGAGAAGGUUGUCCAAGAAGCUCUGGACAAAGCCAGAGAAGGCCGCACCUGCAUCGUGAUCGCUCACCGCCUGUCCACCAUCCAGAACGCAGACUUGAUAGUGGUGAUUCAGAAUGGCAGAGUCAAGGAGCACGGCACACACCAACAGCUGCUGGCGCAGAAAGGCAUCUAUUUUACCUUGGUCAGCGUCCAGGCUGGAGCAAAGCGCUAGUGAACUGUGACCAUAUGAGCUGUGAAAUAUUUUCUAAUAUUUGUUAAAUGUGGCAUUUAAUCAAAGUUAAAAAGCGAGUGCUUACUCAAUAAACUACGUAGAGUUACCUGUUUAACAUUUCCUGCCACAGUGGGAGAUCAUUCCACCACGUUCUGAGUCUUCAGAGACUAUAAUGAAAGAAACAGAAAGAAUCAUCAUCAAAUGGAGUAAAAUAAUGGUUUUAAUUGCAUUUGAAAUUUAUAGAGUAAUUCAAAGUAGAUUUUGGUAGUAAAGUAUAUAAUUUUUGUUUAUAUUUUCUUAUUUGGACUGUAACUGACUGCUUUGCUAAAAGAUUAUAGAAGUAGCAAAAAGUACUGAAUGUUUGCACAAAGUGCCUAUAAUAAAACUAAACUUUUAUAUGACUGGAGUCA